ACAGAAGAAGCAUCCCUAAAAAUGGGUUGUCAUCUUCUGUUUGACUUGAAGGGAGCAUAGCAUUGAUGUUGUUUCAGGGACCCAAGAAUCGUUGACGUAACGAACUUGACAAACCCCGGAAUGGAUCAAAAUUCAAAAUACCAGAAACUGGUGGUCGUCCACAAUCAAAAGGCGUCUCAGUGGCUGAGACGCCCUCUCACCAAUUCCAAAAGUCAUCUAUCACCGGAGAUCUCCAUUUAUGGCUAUUUUUUCACACUGAGCAGCAGUACAGAACUAUUUGCUUUCAGCUUUCUUCAACACCACAGUCGUCGAUCAUGAGGACGCCAACGAAUCGAACUGUGAAAGUCAUACCGUUUCAACACUCGUAUACUGGCGGAGAUAGUACUACACCGGCGACAUCUUCGUCUUCCUCUUCGAUGUCGAGAUGGAGUGCGAAGUUGAAUCGGAUGAAGAUGAUUGAUUGGGUUGAGCUUUUUCUCCCUUGCUCACGUUGGAUUCGGACAUACAAUUGGCGAGAAUAUCUCCAGCCUGAUCUAGUCUCUGGUGUCACCGUCGGUAUCAUGCUCGUCCCACAGUCUAUGUCAUAUGCAAAGCUAGCUGGACUUCAACCAAUAUAUGGACUUUAUACAGGAUUAGUGCCUAUAUUUGUCUACUGCAUAUUCGGUUCAUCACGCCAGCUGGCUGUUGAACUUGCUAUAUUAUUAUCACUCAUGGUUGGGAUUCUGGAAUGCACAAUGGGGCUAUUGAGGCUAGGAUGGCUCAUCCGCUUUAUCAGCCACUCUGUCAUUUCUGGUUUUACAACUGCUUCUGCCAUUGUUAUUGCCCUAUCUCAAGCAAAAUAUUUCUUGGGAUAUAGUAUAGUGAGAAGCAGUGAAAUAAUCCCACUGGUUAAGAGUAUAAUAUCAGGUGCAGAUAAGUUUUCAUGGCCUCCUUUUGUGAUGGGGUUGACUAUUCUUGCAAUCAUGUUGACCAUGAAGCAAUUGGGUAAAACAAGGAAAAAUUUACGGUUUUUGCGAGCAGGUGGGCCCCUCACUGCAGUUGUUCUGGGUACAACUUUUGUAAAGAUAUUUCAUCCAUCUUCCAUUUCCUUGGUGGGAGAUAUACCUCAAGGGCUCCCCUCUUUUUCCAUUCCUAAAGAGUUUACAUAUGUCAAGUCAUUAAUCCCAACCACUUUUUUAAUCACUGGAGUGGCUAUACUGGAAUCUGUGGGGAUUGCCAAAGCUCUGGCAGCAAAGAAUGGAUAUGAAUUGGAUUCAAAUCAAGAGUUGUUUGGCCUAGGAGUCGCCAAUAUUUUUGGGUCCUUUUUCUCAGCAUACCCUGCAACAGGUUCCUUUUCAAGGUCAGCAGUUAAUAAUGAAAGUGGGGCAAAAACCGGUUUGUCAGGAUUUGUCAUGGGCAUUAUCAUCUGCUCUGCUUUGUUAUUCAUGACACCAUUGUUUGAAUUUAUACCUCAGUGUGCUCUAGCUGCCAUUGUAGUCUCUGCUGUAAUUGGGCUAGUAGACUAUGAAGAGGCAAUCUUUUUAUGGCGAGUAGAUAAAAAGGAUUUUUUUCUUUGGACAGUUACAAGUACAACAACUUUAUUCUUUGGGAUAGAGAUUGGGGUCCUUGUUGGGGUGGGGUUUUCUCUUGCUUUUGUGAUCCAUGAAUCAGCAAAUCCACAUAUUGCUGUGUUGGGGCGUCUACCUGGCACAACUGUGUAUAGAAACAUCCAACAGUAUCCAGAAGCAUAUACAUACAACGGGAUUGUCAUUGUUCGUAUAGAUGCACCUUUAUAUUUUGCCAAUACAAGCUUUAUAAAAGACAGGCUGCGGGAGUAUGAAAUUGCGGUUGACCAAUCUGGGAGCAGGCGUGGACCAGAAGUUGAAAGAAUAUAUUUUUUAAUUCUAGAGAUGGCACCUGUUACUUAUGCGGACUCCAGCGCAGUUCAAGCUUUAAAAGAGUUGUAUCAGGAAUACAAAUCAAGAAACAUCCAGAUAGCAAUUGCGAAUCCAAAUGGAGAUGUUCUUGAGACUCUAGCAAGAUCUGGAUUCAUAGAUCUGGUGGGUAGAGAGUGGUGUUUUGUUAGAGUGCAUGAUGCUGUUCAAGUUUGUCUUCAAAAUGUAGAGACAUUAAUCUCGACUGGUUUACCUAAUAAAACACCACCAAAACCAUCUAUACAUAACAGUUCAAGCUUUAUACAAAGACUCAAACAGAAACGUAAACAGGACUUAUCUUCAGAUGAUAUGGAAUCAGGUGAAACACAGCUUACACUGGAGCCCCUGUUGCCUCACAAAUAAUAAUCUUACCGACUUUUUGUUGACAUAUUUCAACUUCGAAUGAUUUUGAACGAUUUUGUAUUACACUUUAAUUGGAUAUGGUUGCUUUCUUUGUUAUAACAAAUUUAUUUACGUAAUUUUAAAACCUACUUUUGUUG